GCAACGAGGCGGAUGUUGUCGUCUCUGCGGGGGCCCAAACCGGCAAGAUGGCGUCGAGUGGAGGGGAGCUUGGGGGCGUAUUCGACCACCAUGUCCAAAAGGCUGUGUGCGACUCGCGGGCCAAGUAUCGGGAGGGGCGACGGCCUCGCGCUGUCAAGGUAUAUACAGUCAAUUUGGAAUCUCGGUACUUAUUAAUACAAGGAGUUCCUGCAGUGGGAGCGAUGAAGGAAUUAGUUGAGCGAUUUGCUCUAUAUGGUGCAAUUGAACAGUAUAAUGCUCUAGAUGAAUACCCAGCAGAAGACUUUACAGAAGUUUAUCUUAUUAAAUUUCUUAAUUUACAAAGUGCAAGGAUAGCCAAGAGAAAAAUGGAUGAACAAAGUUUCUUUGGUGGAUUGCUUCAUGUGUGCUAUGCUCCAGAAUUUGAGACAGUUGAAGAAACCAGAAAAAAAUUACAAGAGAGGAAUGCUUAUGUAGCAAGAACUACUAAAAAUAAAGAUCAUUACAUGACAAAGAAGCAUAAAGAUACAAAAGAUUUUAGGCAGGACUUCUAUUCGAAGACCUCUGGAUUUCCUGCAGCCUCUUUGAACACAUCUACUGGGAACUCAGAUCUUUGUCUUCCUUAUUCUUGUGAGUUGCCUUUGUGCUAUUUCUCCCCCAAAUGUACAUGUUCAUCAGGAGAACAUGUGGACAGAGCAUCAAACUCCUCUCAGGAUGGUAGAAACCAUGAUGAAACACUGGAGCAUUGUAACCACUAUGACUCUCUGCAGAAAAUGCAGAUGAAAACUUUGAAAAAUUCAUUGGCCUUCCCUGGUGCACAGAAGGCUAUUACUCCUUCAGAGGCAGUUGACAGAUUUAUGCCUAGGACAACACAACUGCAGGAGCGGAAAAGAAGAAGAGAAGAUGAUUGUAAACAUGGAACUCUUCUUGAAGCAAGCACAAGUAGUAAUGAGGUUAUGAUUGGCCCUCAGUUACCAGACAUUCCUAAAGUGGACAUGCAUGAUGACUCAUUGAAUACAACAGCGAAUUUAAUUCGGAAUAAACUUAAAGAGGUAAUUUCAUCUGUGCCAAAGCCUCUAAAGGACAAGCUGGAAUAUGAUGGGGCCGAGAUCUUCAUGGUUGCCCGAACUUCAGUAGUGUGUUGAAGUCCUACAGAGGUAAGUGUCUAGCAAGUAUUUCUUUUCUGAUCCUUUGAAAUUUUCCCUCAACCAGUUUGGCUGCUGGUACUGUACCUUUGCUUCUGGUAAACAUGGUCCAAACACUGCCAACAAAAGUUUAUCUUCUUUCACUGCUUUUUCAAAGUCUGCAAAAGAUACCUUGCCAUCGCUGUCAUAAUCCUAGAGAGGAGAUAAUUCCUUGAUAAAUGAUAGAGUAGUUUUUAAUUUUGCAUGGAAAAUAACUGUCUAGAAUAAAAGAUUUUACGAAGUCAAACUGUAAGUUCACACUUCUGUAGGCACUACUUACACAAAUCAAAAGGUGCUAAUUUAUGGAGGCCACUUACUUUGUUCCUGUUAGUCUAAUAGGCAUACCUGGUAUGAACUGAAUGUUUGUCUCUCCCCACCUCCCAAGUUCAUGUCUUAAAGCUCUAACCCCUGCAAUAUGAUGAUAUUUGGAGGUGGGGGACUUCAGGAGGUAAAUUAGAUUUAGAUGAGGUCAUGAAGGUAGGGCCCCAUCAUGUUAUUAGUGUCUUUGUGAGUAGAGAAAGACCAAAGCUCCCUCUCUCUGCCAUGUGAGGACACAUUGAGGAGGUGGCUGUCAGCAAGGCAGGAAGAGAGCCCUCAGUGAGGAAGUGAAUCUGCUGGCACCUUAAUCUUGGACAUCCCAGUUUCUAGAAUUGUGAGAAAUAAAUUCCAGUUGUCUAAGCCAGCCAGUCUAUGAUAUUUUGUUACAGCAGCCCAAGCAGGCUAAGAUACCUGAAUUACCUUGGACAUAUAAAACCCUGUCCCUGGGGCUUCCCCGGUGGCGCGGUGGUUGGGAAUCUGCCUGCCAACGCAGGGGACACGGGUUCGAGCCCUGGUCCGGGAGGAUCCCACAUGCCGUGGAGCAACUAAGUCUGUGCACCACAGUUACUGAGCCUGGGCUCUAGAGCCCACCAGCCACAACUACUGAGCCCGUGUGUCACAACUGAAGCCCACGUGCCUAGAGCCCGUGCCCCGCAACAAAGAGAGACCACCGCAAUGAGAAACCCGCGUACAACAGUGAAGAGUGGCCCCCGCUCGGCACAACUAGAGAAAGCCAGCGAGCAGCAACGAAGACCCAACGCAGCCAUACAUACAUACAUACAUACAUACAUAAUAAAUAGAUUAAAUACAAAAUUGACAAUAUAUAUUACUAAGUUAAUAACAUGGAAAUCUUACA